UUUCCUGUUCGCAGCUCCUCAGUGACACUAACGACGACGUGAGACGACGUGGAUCCUCUGGGAUGUGACACGCUCCUGCCAACAGGUGUGUGUGUCUCCGACCAAUCAGAGAGCCUCUUGUGGGACAGGGCACUGUAGUCAGAUUCCAGGGGCAGUCGUCCGCCCCCUCCCCCUCCUCUGCCCCUCUGCUUUCGUCUGCAGGACCGGACGUGGGUCCGACCCAGACAGGAACCAGCUGCAUCCUUUCUUUUUCAGUGUUUUGGAUUAUUUUCUCUCUCUGGAUGAAUCUUGUGAUCGGGUUCAUGUCGCCGCCUCCCAGACCGUCCAGCUCGGCCUGGAGCGUGAUUCUAGUCUGGAGCCUGGAGACGUCCACGUGGCCCUCGGGGUCUCUGGUCACAUCCAGAGGAACUUGUGGGUGAAGGAUGGAUGACGCGUCUCCACUUCCUCCUCCUGUACGAAAACAACAACGGCGUGAAAAAACAUCCUGGAUGUGGACGCCGCCAUCUUGUGCCGGUGACGUCAUUUGGAGCCGGCGUCAUCUUCUCCUCUUGUUCCUGUGGGACCCAGCAGCCGGCAGUCAGCGGAGCAGCUGCGGCCCGAGAGGAGCUCGUCGUCGGCAGCAGCUCGACCUGAAGCAGCAGACGAGCAGAGCCACGAUGCCUCGCUGCAGAGUGAACCUCAGCACCAUGAUCUUCCUGGUGAUCCUGCAGGGGGCGGCGGUGGUGCUGUUCUGCGGCUGGUACGUCCAGCUCAGCCGCUGCGGCGCCGCCCACCCCGACAAGAAGGUCCACGUCCUGCUGCUGUCGUCGUGGCGCUCGGGCUCGUCGUUCCUCGGCCAGGUGUUCAGUCAGCACCCGUCCGUCUUCUACCUGAUGGAGCCCACGUGGCACGUGUGGACCAAGCUGCAGAAGUCCGGGGCGCGCUCGCUGCGCAUGGCCGUCAGGGAUCUGCUGCGGAGCGUGUAUCAGUGCGACUUCUCCGUGAUGGAGGCCUACCUGCCGGAGCAGCGCAACGUCUCCUCCCUGUUCAUGUGGAGUCACAGUCGAGCGCUGUGCUCGCGGCCGGCCUGUCCGCUCAUGCCGCGCAACCAGUUCAGCAACCAGACGCUGUGUUCGCUGACGUGCGACGCCGUGGGCCUGCAGGGCGUGGAGGAAGCCUGUGGCACCUACAGUCACGUGGUGCUCAAGGAAGUGCGUUUCUUCGAGCUGGAAUCGCUCUACCCGCUGUUGCAGGACCCGAGCCUCGACCUCCGCAUCAUCCACCUGGUCCGGGACCCGCGCGCCGUGGUGCGCUCGCGGGAGGCGUCCGCCAAGGCCUUCAUGAGCGACAACGCCAUCGUCCUGGAGCAGAGAAACAUCCCGGCGGGCGAGGUGCAGUACGAGGUCAUGCAGGAGAUCUGUCGCAGCCACGUGCGCAUCAACGAGGGGGCCACGCUGAAGGCCCCGCCCUUUCUGAAGGGCCGCUACAAAAUGGUUCGCUACGAGGACGUGGCGCGCAACCCGCUGGAGGAAAUAACCGCCAUGUACGACUUCAUCGGCCUGGAGAUGACCUCGCAGCUGGGCGACUGGAUCUACAGCGUGACCCACGGGAAGGGCAAAGGCUCCAAGAAAGACGCCUUCAAGAUCACGUCGCGGAACGCCGCCGACGUCUCGCAGGCGUGGCGCACCGGGCUGCCGCACAGCAAGGUCAAACGCAUCCAGGAAGUGUGCAAAGGGGCGAUGACGCUGCUCGGCUACCGGACGGUCGACAGCGAGAAGGAACAGAAGCAACUGGACAUGGACCUGCUGGUGCCGCAGGAACCGUACCAGUUCAGCUGGUUACCCGCCAAGACAGAGCGACCGGGCAAGAGGUAAAACAAAACAGAGAUAUUUACACCGAGAGACGAACAGAGGACGAGGCCUCGGAACUGUACUGAGGCUUCGUGGGUCUGUGAGUGUUUAUGGAAGGAACAGACUGAUGAUCGGCUCGGAGGAAGACCAGUUCAAGACGGAGCGACGGUCACAAAGACAUAAAAAACAGAGCGGCUGAUUAAAGCGACAGAAACUAAAGUUGGGAAACAUUUUGUUUCUGUCCGACUCCUGGGUCAGAACCAGGACCCAGGCUGCGUUCAAACUAUAUGGUUUUGUUUUAAUAAGAAAAAGGAUCUUUGUCCAGACGUGUCAGCAAUAAUCUCCGUCCACACUAAAAAAAAACUAAAACACAAGUGUCACAUGACCCGUAAACAGGAAGCAGAUUGUCUCCUCUGCCAUCGGUUGCUUAGUUACAGAAAAUAAUAGGAGCGAGGAACAGCGAUGGUCGUUUCUUUUUCUCGCGGUGACGACGAGGCGAAACUGUUCCUGACGCUGAAGCUGGAGACGUUCGCGUCGAUGAGCGUCAUGGUCCACAUGACUUCCUGUUUACGACGCACGUUGCUGAAGUAUUCCACUAGAGGGCGCCACAGAACAUGGCGACGCCGGAGGAGGUUAGUCUGUGGUUUCUAUGAUCGCGGCACCGUUGUAGACGAUACGGGAAGCGAUUUAAUCAGAUCAUUGUGACACUGGCGAGAAUCUGCCUCCAUCACACGGUGGCGUGGAGUUGAAGGGGGAAGAGGAGGAAGAGGAGGAAGAGGAGGAGGAGGAAGAGGAGGAGGAG